CUUCCUGCUUCAGAGAAACAGAAAGUGAAAGAGUGAAUGAUUGCCGAGAUCUGAGCCUGGACUGAAGGAAGCUGUAAGAGUGUGAAUUAGAUCUGAUAAAACAUGGACUUCAAUGCUUCAGAUGAGGAUUUCUCUCUUGUCAUGGAGCCUCUGAAGUCGUCCGAGGAAACUUUAGAGGGAAUCCAGAACUUAAUCUCCAAAUACAAGAUAACGUGUGAUAACCUGCUUCAUGAGCAGGAGGAUCUGGCCAACACGAUUAAGGACAGUAAGAAGAUGACUAAGGACUGCAAGAAGCGCUCCAUGAAACUGGCCAAGAGUGUGCAAGAGGAGAAGCAAUCCCACCAGGAGCAGAUGGACAGUGAAUUGGAAAGUCUAGCUAUGAUGGGUCAGGAAGAGUUCAAGCUCAUGAAGGAGAUCCAGGAUGUCCAGGCUGCCCUGAGGGAGGAGGAGGCCAGUUUUGAACAGCUCAAACAGCAGACUGAUGUGUUCAGCAGUGUGCCUGAGAAGAAUGUCGUAUUUAAGGGGAAGACGUCUGAGGCAAGCAACCUGCAAAUGUUUGACAUGACAUCGCGUAUCGUUUAUCCGAUGGUGGAGGGAACGGCACUGAUCACGUUUGAGGAGGAAGAGGUGGCCAAGAGGAUCCUGAGCAUGAAGAAGCAUCAGGUGAAGCUGGGUGAAGAGUGUCGCAUCACCGUGGAGGCUCAGCCGGUUCAGCUGAUACUGCCCAAGCUGGUGGAGAUCCACUCUGAAGUUUGUCCUCAACGUAUAUUAAUCUCCAACCUGCCAGAAAUGGACAUGGAGACUCUGUUGGACAGGCUGCAGCUCCACUUCUUCCAUUCUAAGCACGGAGGAGGAGAUGUGGAGCACUGUGAAUUCCUGCCCGACUCUGGGACUGUGGUCCUCACGUUCCUGAAGGAUAACAUUGCCAAAGGUUUGACAGAGAAAGAGUUCCACGACGUAAAGUUCCCAAAAAAGAUGCACACUGUGAGAGUGACUCCUUUUCUGAACGGAAAUAUUGUAAACCUCAAGAACAAGAUGGUGGCGUGCCCUCGGACGGUGCUUCUGACAGGAAUCCCCCAAGUGGGGAACGACAACCUGCCAGAUCACGUGGAAAUCCACUUCCAGAGAAGCAGCAAUGGUGGAGGAGAACUGGAAGCCUUUCUCUACAGCCCGCCGGGUCAGCAGACCACGGCGCUGUUCGAGAGCAUGCCCCCCAAAAAAGAGCAGCAGUAAACUGAUGAUUCAUUCCUGCGGCUCAAGAAAAUCUUAUGAAGGCACCUUUGUCCAGAUGUAAAGAUAGGACACACUUUAUUUAAUCUAAAGCUGCUCCAGACAAUCACUAAUUUCUGGACAGUCACCUGAAUGACUCCGAGUCAGUUGUAACUUCUCUUGCCAGCCUCCGAGUAAAUGUCUGGAAAAUGCUAUCACAGUCGGCUUAUGUAAAUACAGCAGGACAAUUUCUGGAAAAUUCAAAUUCUUUUGACAGUAGAAGACAACACUGGCCUCGAUGUGCUGUGAACAGAGCAGAAUUGAUCUGCCUCCUGCAUGCUCUCUUCAGAUGACACCCCUCAUCUGAAAGUCAAAGGCAUUUUACGUUUUUUGUGAACGCGUCUGACCCAGAAAAACUCCUGCCGUGUUUUUCAUGUGAAAGACAAACUCCAGACACAAUUUUCCCAGACAUUUUCCGAGAGUUCAUGCCGGAAAUAAGCUUUACAUUCUGUCAAUAUUUCUUGUGGUGGAAGUUGGGAUAUUAAGGAACCAAGUUAUGACAUUUCUAAGGGUUUAAACUGCAAAAUAUAUUCCAUUAAAAUAUACUGCUGCCAAGGAGUUAAUGUUUUGUCACCACCCAUUUGUUUGUCAGAAGGGUUAAGCAACUACUGAACAGAUUUCAAUAAGAAGUCCUUACAUAUUUAACAUGAAUCUGCACAAAGGUGGGAAUCCAGGAACUCUUUAAUCACUUUCUUAAACAUUGUGUGAUUUUACAAUUUUAACAGAAAUCCAAGGUAAUAACUCAUGGAUCUUAAUGAAAACAAAUCAGAGGUAUUUUUAAAUGUAUGUAAUUUGGUAGAGAUGAAUUGAAUUUGAGGCGAAUGAUGGACCUUGGCUGAUGAAUGAGUUCUACUGAGUGUCAUUCCAGUUCUUGCAUUAAUCAGUGAUCACUUACAUGUGAACCUCUCUGAGGUUUCUACAUUUUCUCGUCAAUAGGGUUUUUCUGGUAGUUUUACCUCACUCUUGUUGAGGGUUAAGGAGAGAGGAUGUCACACCUUGUUAAGCCCUUAGAGACAAAUUGAUUUGUGAAUAUGAGGAAUACAAAUAAAACUUGAUUGAUCGGCCUUUC